CCUGGAGCAGGCACAAAAAGAAACAAGCGUAUAUUUCUCGCACUAUUUAUCUCAUUAAGCGCGGAAGUGAAAAUGUUUGACAUCCAAUUCACGAUGUUUGCUUUGUAUGUGAAUUAUCCUUUUGUGUACAGUAAUAUGUUGUGAGUCAUGUGUGCAAUGAUUAGAUUUUCUUAGAAAAAAUUAAGGACUAGUCUGAAAUCUUUAGGGCUUUGAAACUAUUCUUUCAAACGAAAACACGUUUUUAAUAGUUUCGCUCAUAUGUCGUUUCAAUAUUUUGUUGUUUCACACAUGAAAACAUUCGAAAAACAAACCUGUGUUAACACUCAGGGCCUUCUUCACCAAUCUCUGAUUAGGUUAAACAACGAGGUGCAGUCCUUUUAUAUUUCGGCUCGCGAUCCCCAAGUAGCUGGGUUUGAUGCUCAAAUGUUAAACAAAGCAAAUCCGAAUACACACAAAAAAGCAAAAAGCUUUCCAAACCAUGGCUUUCGAGUCCCUUCUCUGGGUUCUGAGUAUACGACUAAAUACCAAGAAAUGUGUGGAAACAAAGUUGACUAGGUCAGUGACUUUUACAAAUUACUUAAGACAAAACGCAUCCCAAUUGGUUCAUGUCUCACACUCUAUUUGCCACAUGAGAUGACUACACUUUGCAACAACAGCAGCACAAUGACUGCGUUCAGCAGACUCAACAUGUUGAGAAUUUUAUGUUACAUCGGCAUCCUUGUAUCCUGAAAUACAUUUCUUCGUGGAGCAAAGGUAGCAAGUUCUUUCUCGCGACAGAGGAGGCCAGACCACUGAUCCAAGUUAUUGAGAAGCAAAAUAUACUGCAAAUAUGUAUCGGUUUGCACAGCAUCCUACGGGCCUUAACAUUCCUGCACGAGACCGCAUUGGCCUCACAUAACAACGUGUGCAGCAGCUCUAUCUACGUCACUGCGGAGGGAUAUUGGAAAUUGGGUGGAUUGGAAUGUCUGUGCAAGUUUGCAGAUGCGACGCCGACGUAUUACCAACGAAUAAAGAGUUACAGAUACGAGAAGGCGAUAUCAUCGAAUGAAGACAUAGCUGAUUUAGUUAAAACUGCUAAUCUCUCCGCAAUUGAUUCGUACGCGUUUGGAGUAUUAGCAGAAGACAUUCUAAAGAAUUUACGAGACACAGAUGAGGCACCAAAUUUGUUGGAAUUUAGGGAAUUUUGUAAAAAGAAUCUACAAAAUCCAGAUGCAUGCUUGAGAAGUAGAUUAUUGAAUGUGCUGCAACAUUCGUUUUUCACUCAUGAAUUUAUAAGGAUACAUGCAUUCCUGGAAGAAUUACCAUUAAAAACUGAUGUUGAAAGGGAAGAGUUCUUCACGAAAUUAAGGCAGCAAUUGCAGAUGUAUCCCGAGGCUGUUGUUGCUGAACAACUAGGCAGAGUGCUUCUUUCUAGGAUAGUUUUGUUGGACAGCACUGCCCAAGUAAAACUUUUACCUUUUAUCUUUAAACCCAAAGAUGAGAAAAACGAUUUGGGGACUAGUCUAUUCACAGUUCCUACUUUUAAGAAUAUUUUAGUACCAAGGCUUCUGCAAAUGUUUUGCAUUCGAGAUGUUUCUAUUCGUCUGUUGCUACUGUCCAAUUUUAGUUCGUUCGUUCACGUAUUCGAAGCGGAUGAACUGAAAAAUCAUAUUCUUCCUGAAUUGCUCGUUGGGAUAAAAGACACUAAUGACGAUCUCGUUUGCGCGACAUUAAGGGCGCUGGCUGACAUAGUGCCAAUUUUGGGCGCGGCGACAGUCAUCGGUGGAAACAGGGGAAAAUUAUUCGCGGACGGUCGGCCAAACAAGAAAAUAAUUCGCAACAAAAAUCUCGAUGAUAUUAGGAAAGCUUUAACGUUUACUCAAGAGAUACCUGUGUUUGUGAAUAUAGACGAGAAUAACGUGCAUUUAGUAGAGAGGCCGUCGCCAGACGGCGGUGAAGAUAAGAAGGAGAAGGAAUUUUCGUUCGUCGAAGAAGAGUGUACCUGGUCAGAUUGGGAAACGCAAGAACCAGUUGGAAACGGUCAUUGUAAUGUAGAGGAAACUUCCGCGGACAACGUGCAAAUAGAAAUGCAAAGUCCUUGUGACGCGGACUCGUCCUCGCCCCCGCCCUUAUUACCAUCGAAUACCGAAAAACCAAAGUAUACGAAAAAACUAGUACUUUCUGAUAUUACCGAGCUCGACAUAAAGAAUUCGAAGGUAAUAAAAUCUCCGAAGGAAGAUUUCGACUUCUUUACAGAUAUGGAGCCCGUGAUACAGAAGACGCAGAUCUUACACAUCCCAGAAGUACAUGUUUCCCCGAAGAGCAUGUUUGACGUGAAAACGUCAGGUGCCAUUUUGGAAGAACACGACGUUAAUGGCUGGGGGGAGGACCUGAGUGACUUAAGCAUAGACGAUACGUACGAAUUGGCGCAGCAGUGAGCAUAGUAAAAAGAAGAAAUCACACAAAAGAACGAACGAGCUCAUACGACAAAUGAUACUCAACCCGAUUGUAUCCAUUUUUAUUAACGUCCAAUUAGUAUAUGUGAUUACCAACACCAUAUAUAUAUAUAUAUAUAUAUAUAUUAUCGAAAUAAGUAUUUUUAAUAAAUGUAAAAUAUAUAUGAUAGGUCAAAA